GGGCAGCUUCACCGCCUCAUAUUGGAACAAUCAAAUCAACGGUAAAACAAUUGGAAUCCAGCCUCAGCGUCAACUAUCGAGUUCUGGUGUGCUACUGUCGCCAUGCCAGCCCGCUUUGCCACUUGCCAGAGUUUGCUAUUGCUGCUGCCGAACCCGCUGUUUCAAAACCAUGCCUUUCCCCUUCCGUCAAACUAUUAAACAGUAUAUUUUAAAGGCGUCAGCUUCUUUCAUUUCAUUUCCCAUCAUCAUCUCUUUUUUCUCUGGUGCAUUGUUUUUGUUGGGGGUCCAUUUUUUCACCUACUUUGCACACUCUUUUGCUUUCUCUGGCUUUUUUUUUUUCACUUCAUUUUUUCAUUUCAUCAUUUCUUUCUAUACCCUCUCUUCUGAUUCCUCUUAUCAUUCUCUUCUGUCAUUUGUUAAACAAAAAGAGAACUUUAAGAAUAUAUUCUUGUGGCUGCUGCUAAUUACAAAAGGCCAACAACCAACAAUUCUUUUCUGCGUGAACAAGGAAAGCUACACCAAAAACAAAAAUUUAAAGAACCAAACGAACAUAAAUGAAAAAAACCCCCGCUCACCAAUAGCGACUAUUCCAUGCUUAAACUGAAAAAUAUUCUCUUUCACUUUCACUUUCAUUAGAAGAUUAUAGCAUGUAGGUGGUGGAACACUUCUUUCUUUCUUUCUUUCUUUGUUCUUUCUCUUUGCUUUUGAAUCUUCUUGGCUUUCUGUUAUUCUUCUUCUUCUUUCUUGUUUGGUCCAAGAAGGUGAUCAGUUUUGUUUUUGGAGGAUAAGAGAGGAGGGUGGUGUUGGACUAUGGAAUCUGGGCUUCUUGAUGGUAUAAUCAAUAGGUUGCUUGAAGUUAGAGGGAAACCAGGGAAGCAAGUCCAGCUCUCUGAGUCUGAAAUAAGGCAGCUUUGUCUUGCUUCUAAAGAUAUCUUCUUGAUGCAGCCCAUUCUUUUAGAACUUGAAGCACCUAUUAAGAUCUGUGGAGACAUUCAUGGUCAAUAUUCUGAUCUCCUGAGGCUUUUUGAGAAGGGUGGUUUACCUCCUCGUGCCAAUUACUUAUUCUUGGGGGAUUAUGUAGAUCGUGGAAAGCAAAGCCUGGAGACAAUAUGCCUUCUCCUUGCAUACAAAAUAAAAUAUCCUGAAAACUUUUUCCUCCUGAGGGGCAACCACGAAUGUGCGUCUGUGAACCGUAUCUAUGGAUUUUAUGAUGAGUGUAAACGAAGAUUCAAUGUCAGGGUCUGGAAAUUAUUCACCGAUUGUUUCAACUGCCUGCCUGUUGCAGCUCUGAUUGAGGAAAAGAUAUUCUGCAUGCAUGGUGGACUGUCACCAGAGCUCCACAAUUUGGACCAGAUAAGAAAUUUAAAGAGACCUAUGGAUGUUCCAGAAUCUGGCUUACUAUGUGAUCUCCUAUGGUCUGAUCCUAGUAAAGACAUUCAGGGCUGGGGGCCAAAUGAUAGGGGAGUUUCCUACAUAUUCGGUGCUGAUAGGGUGAUAGAUUGUCUCAAGAAGCUUGAUCUUGAUUUAAUAUGUCGUGCUCACCAGGUUGUUGAAGAUGGAUAUGAAUUCUUUGCUAAUAGACAACUUGUGACCAUAUUUUCAGCACCUAAUUACUGUGGAGAGUUUGACAAUGCUGGUGCCGUGAUGAGCGUGGAUGAGACGUUAAUGUGUUCUUUCCAAAUAUUAAACCCUGCAGAUAAGAAACCAAAGUUUGGCUUUGGAACCUUAACUUCGACCAAGUCUUCUGCUUCUCCCACUAGAAUCAAGUCAUUUCUUGGAGCAAAGUAUAAGUUGUUUGAACUGAUGGAGAUAUCAGGAGGAGGCUGCUGCCUAUGAUCAAGGGAAUGUUAUAGAAGAUUUUCCAAAAUAGCACUCUAUGAAAUCUGGUGAUUCUAGGAGCUUUAAUUUGAUAAAGGACAAAAACUUUUUACAACGAUGUUUUUGAUCUGGGGAUGCAAACAUGUUUCCUCCGCCCACAAAACUUUUGGAGGCUGUAAUUUUUUAUGCUUUGACACCUGUAUACUAGUUUCAACAUACCCUGAGUCCCCUUUUUCCCUCUUCUUUCAUCUUUGUAUUUUCUCAGCCUCUUCUGUUGGGAUGCUCUAGUUGUGUUAUAAUCAAAGGAUGAAAAUGUAAGAGGGGUUGAGAUUUUGCAUCAGUUAGAAAUCCAUAUGCUCCUUGAUCUUGAGAUUUGCUGAUUUUGUGCCUCAUUAAAUGCGCUAGUAAAUUAGUUUAAUACAUAAUAGUGGCAGCCUCAGGACAUCAUUUUCUUUCUCACACAAACUCAUAUUGAUGCUUUGAUACAAACAUUUCAGCUUAAUUUUCUAUAUAAGUACCUUUCUAUCCCUUAAUUUGCAAUUGCUUGGCAUCAAAGUAGAAACAAGAAGAAAAAAACAAAGAAAUAAAAGAGAAGGAAAGAUAUCCCCUACUUGAGAUUCAUGGAAAAAGGGUUUGCUUUUCUGUUAAUGGAGUCAUCUGACUUUAAAGAGACAGAGUUGCUCAGGGUCUCUAAUAAAAAAUUCACCAAAAUUUAGAAGCAAAGCAUGUAUUCAUA